AUGGAGCGGGUCAACGAGACCCUGGUGAGAGAGUUCAUCUUCCUUGGCUUCUCGUCUCUGGCCAGGCUGCAGCCGCUGCUCUUCGUGAUCUUCCUGCUCCUCUACCUGUUCACGCUGGGCACCAAUGCCAUCAUUGUUUCCACCAUCGUGCUGGACAGAGCCCUUCACACCCCCAUGUACUUCUUCCUCGCCGUCCUCUCCUGCUCUGAGACUUGCUACACCUUCGUCAUUGUACCCAAGAUGCUGGUCGACCUGCUGGCCCUGAAGAAGACCAUCUCCUUCCUGGGCUGUGCCAUCCAGAUGUCUGCCUUCCUCUUCCUCGGCUGCUCCCACUCUUUCCUGCUGGCAGCCAUGGGCUACGAUCGCUACGUGGCCAUCUGUGACCCCCUGUGCUACUCAGUGCUCAUGGGACAUGGGGCGUGUGUGGGGCUGGUGGCUGCGGCCUGUGCCUGUGGCUUCACUGUGUCCUUGGUCACCACAUCCCUGAUAUUUCACCUGCCCUUUCACGCCUCCAACCAACUCCAUCACUUCUUCUGUGACAUCUCUCCUGUCCUCAAGGUGGCAUCCCAUCACUCUAGCCUCAGCCAGUUGGUCAUAUUCAUGCUUGGCGUGUUUGCCUUGGUCAUUCCGCUGUCACUCAUCCUUGUCUCCUACAUCCGCAUCAUCGCUGCCAUUCUAAAAAUCCCAUCCUCCGGUGGGAAAUACAAGGCCUUUUCUACCUGUGCCUCCCAUCUCAUUGUGGUAACUGUUCAUUAUGGCUGCGCCUCUUUCAUCUACUUAAGGCCCAAGUCCAACUACUCUUCUAGUCAAGACACCCUCAUAUCUGUGUUUUACACCAUCCUCACUCCAUUGUUCAAUCCAAUGAUUUACAGUCUGAGAAAUAAAGAAUUCAAAUCAGCCCUUCGAAGAGCAAUUGGCCAGACUUCAUAUCCUGCUAAUUAA